CGAUCAGGCGAAGAGCGCGAUGCCGCUGCGAAGUCGGAAGCAGUACCGGCGACAAUCGUAAACAACCAACUCUUGCCUCCGUGCCUCUCAACCUUGAGAACAAGAAAGAAUUAUAGCGCGCUUCUAAUUUUAGACUCCACCUUUUCAUGCCCGUCCUGGGCUUCCGAGAUCACUUGGCUAUGUCGUGUAGCCUUAACCUGGCGAGUUGUCGCCUCAGAGCGGAGGCACUAGCUCGCCAAUUGAGCACCAACCUGUGGAGCCCGCGAUCGACACAGGGGUCACCAGGAGACAGUGGCUGUGUGUCGCCUUGCUUCGGACUACCGACUUCUCACUUGGUGAUUGACAGGCCGCCGCUCAAGAUAGAUCAGCAUUGGAGGAUGUCCAGCCUAGAUGAUGAGGAGGAGCAGGAGCAGCUCGUGUCGUCGUCCUCCCACCCUGGGAUGCGAGGGGAAAACGGAGAUGUAGGGGUCUGUGCCUCACCUCCACAAAUAUCUCCUCCUUACAGUCCCAUGGAAAAAGCAGGACUCAUGGGAAAAGAUGCUUCAGGCAUUUUCGGUAAUUACAAUAAAGAUGAGCACCACGUAUGGAGACCCGAUUCUCCUCCUGAGUCGUUUGCAUCUGAAUCCGAAAUGCAGUCUGAUUCUCCUGCUCUAACAAUUGAGACAGAAGAACCUAGUAGCACCACUUCCAAUAGUACCGAAACAGUAUCCGAGCUGGCUAGUCCGAUAUAUGACUACAAAGACGAAGGAAGUCCUCUUGCAGACGAACUUCGGAGUCGUCUGCAGCUGAUAGAAUCCUCUCAAACAAAUGGGCUCUGUAUGACCAGUCCAGUAGAAGAUGUCAAAGAAGAAGACUUCAGUGUAUCUUCAACCCUGUCCACUGAGACCACAGUUUCUGAAAAUCUACUCUCUCCACCAGAUUGCCAUCGAUUGGUACGCAGCACAUCUUUGAAGACGGGCAAAACUCCACCUGGGACUCCAAGUCGAAAGAAAAUAGUUCGAUUUGCGGAUGUCCUUGGUCUGGACUUGGAGGCCAUUCGUCAUUUCGUCAAAGACGACGACGCGCCCAUAGUUCCUCAAUCUGCCUUCGCUGAUCUGAAAGUUCGACCAUCCUCAAGCAAUCCCUUUUUGCCUUGGAGUAACAGUACACCAGGCUUGACACAAGCAGGGUGCAAAUUCGUUACUCAGUUUGAACAACCCGGGUCCGAUCCACAUUUUCUGGAUAAAGUCCGGCAGCAAAAAGUGUGCCUAGAAAAUUGUAUUACCAACGAUCUCCGCGUAACAGGAGUCGUAAGAGUGCUGAACUUAGGUUUCGAGAAACUGGUGGAAGUGAGAUACACAACCACAGAGUGGGCAGCCCAUACAGACCUCAAAGCGGACUAUAUACCAUCCUCUUGCGAUGGCUUUUCGGACAAAUUUACUUUUACUCUUCAUCUUCCUCACCUUUCUCCUGGUCAAAGACUGGUUUUUGCUUUGAAAUACGUGGCUAAUGGCCAGGAAUUUUGGGACAAUAACUCUAGCGAAAAUUAUGUGUUAAAGGUUCAGGCCAAAAGUCCUGAGUCGCAAGACACAACGACAGGCCCGAGGUGGUUGCACCAUUUCAUGUGAUGUCCCAUUGGCUGCCUUUUUUCCAUUAGUAAAACUAAAGUAGAUACUAAGAAACUUCAAUGGUGCUUUAUCCAGGGUUGUGCUGCCUCUAGUGAAAGAAACUGUAGAACCCCUUUCCGUUCUCAGCCUCUUAUAACAAGUUUCUAUUUAUCAGCUUUAUUCUUUUUUUUUAUAUAUCUGUGAUAGCAUCUCCUUGGUCCGGGUCCUUUGCAUCUUCUCUUGACAUGCGAGUGGCUCAAGUAAUUCCGGGGAAUUAGGACAAGGAAUGCUAUUGUCUUCAAACUUUCUGUACAAAAUUUGUGAACUGUGAACAGAUGAGCGUAUUAUUUAUGAAGAAUUGGUAGAUUUUAUCAACAAUUCACAUGUAUUUUUAAAGAGCUUAAAAAUUUAUAUAUUUACUAAUAUGCUGAAUGAAUGAUUAUAUUAAAAACAUGUGCAUUUAAAUACAAAACAAGAACAUUACUUUGAAUUUAUCACUGAAUUGUGCUUGAGAAUCGAAGUUUUCUUCAAAUUAUUUAUUUAGGGCAAUCAGUGCUAAAUUUGACAUUAGUUCUAUUGGUUAGGAGAAAAGCAAUAAAUAAUUAUAUCUAAAAUUGUUCAUUAUAUUAGAAAUUUUAUGAAAUGUUAGAUGUUUGGAAGGUUGAUCAUAUAUGCAAUAAAUAAAAUAUAGUUGUGACUGAUUUAGUGAAAGAUAAAUGUUAGUGUGAAAGAAUGUUACGUUUUUAAAAGUUUUUAAGUUGAAAAUGUAGAAGUACGGAAAAUCAGACGUUGAAAUAGUGUUUCUAACUGGAAUGAAAUCAAAUAUUUUCGGAAUGUCAUACGAUUAUUUAUGGUAUUUAGUUCAGUUGAUAGCAUGCAUUCUUCGAAUUGAAUGACUACAUUUCAGAGCCAGAUAUGUUGCAUUUGUUUAUUACAUUAUCUCAGGGUAUUGAUUCCAUGCAUGUAUCUAAAUCAAAACAGACAUUGAGUAUUGAUUUUUCUAAUAAACUUCCAAACUUGGCAUUUCCUUUGUAUCGUUUUGCUAAAUCUUAAUUUAAAUAAAAUUUAUCCACUAAUAAAUCUGAAAAAUAAAUUUAUUAAAGUUUAAAGAUAUAAGUUAAAAGUGAAUCAGUAUUUAAUUUUAUUGUUUUAAUAAAGUAUUUUCUACCUUUAAGUAAAGUGAAUUGCAAAUUUUGCAGUACUAAUAAGUUUGUAAAAUAUGAACUUAAAUACUUAAAAGUGUAGUCAUAUUCGUAAAUAAUAUUUUUAAGUAAAAAUGUCUGGAAUAUCAAAAUUAACGUGACAUGUUUUAGGGAAUUCCAUAUACUGAUUUGGAUUUCUCAUACAUGUUAUUUAUUUGUUUAAACAAAAUCAUUUUGUAAAGUAUGUGAUCAACUUGUUUUAAAUAAUUUUAAUUUGUUUCUUAUUUGCUCUUUUUUUAUGUAUCAAAAUAACUUGUAUUCUAUAUUCUUAUGCUUAAUUCAAUUCUCUUAAGUUUGGCUACCAUCAGAUUUGCAAAGACAACGAACAACCAUUGACUGAAUUCUUUAAUACAAUUUAAUAAACGUUACAAAUCUUAUGGUCGAUAUUGAUAUUUAUUAAAGUAUAUAUUAUUAUUUGAUAACUGAAUAUGACUUUGUAAGAGUUUUUCUCUUUCUUGUACAAAAUAUUAUAGAAUUCUCCUUAUAAACACGCAACAAUAAACGUUUCUCGAAAUAACGUGUCUGUGACGAGUUGGCAGCUGAUCCUCGAAUGCAGGCAAAUCAAUUGAGAGAGAGAGAGAAAUAUAUGAAACGGAGAACGAAGAAUAUUGUGAAAAAACAAUAUAGUUGCAAUAAAUAUGAAUAUGUUGAACUUUGCGCACAUUUUGUACUUCUCAUUUUUUGGUAUAUCUUUAAUCGCAUGUUCUGGAGAAGAGAAAUACCUGGCACAUUAUGAUGUACAUAUGCCACCUAAUUUACCAAAAUAUAUUCGUCUAAUAUCAUUUAAUUCCUGUGUUACAGCUGCCAACUCGUCAGAGCCGGAUAUAAUAUCCUUUUCCUUCAGGAGAUGUUACCCAAGGAAUUAUAUUUUUUCGACACUUUUAUCACGUUUGUAGUUAUAAAGCGAAAUAAAUGUAUUGCUAUUUUGUCUCCUUGCCGACUCUAAUAUUGGUGCAAGUUGCAUCUGUACACUCUCUCUGCCUCUGUAACUAUGUCAUUAAAAUUCCUUCAUUUCGAAUUUUGUGUAACAAUUUUAAAUUCUGUUUUAUUCAUAUUUUUUUCUUUCAGAAUUUUUAUUCCUGUAAAUAGCAGAUAAGACCCCCAUACCAUUUUUUUCUCUGUUUUCCGUCCACUUACAAAAACAAAUUUAGAUUUUUUUUGUGGUCAUAUUUUACAUAACAGAAAUAUAAGAUAAGAAAACACCGAGGAUCUAUUACUAAGAUAUUAUUAACCUUUUAACGGAUUUUGACCGGCCAGAUUCGAUAUUAAAGUGUUUUUAGAAUGGACUUAUUUCUUGGCAUAAAAAUUAUGUGGUAUCUUUAAAAAUUUGAAGUGUCUUAUGGAAACUUAUAUAAAUAACAAUAAAUUCUGAAACAUAAUACAUUAUCGAAUUAGAUGGAGAAAAUUAAAAAGUUUUAGACUUGGGGUACACCAAAUAGUUUCCUAAGAUAUAUUAUGAUUUAGCAGAUCUACAUUUCUGCCCAUUAUAAAAUAUUUACUGAAUUUCUUUCUUUAUUCUGUUAAUUCAUCACUAUUUGCUUCUUAUAUUUAUCGAUAUGAUUGAUCUUGAAAAAAAAAACCCUGAAAUUUAAUGUAUAUCUCCCUUUUUUCAUUUGUUAUAUCAAGAAGCAAUUUGUUUAGCUAAUUGGUCCAAAAUUUCAUCAAUUGUGAAAAUAUAAUUUUAUUGAUUGUAUUUUAAAUUUAGGUUUUUGCUGCAAGUGAUCUCCUUAUAGUAUCGCAUUUGAAAAAAUUCAAAGUUAAAAUCGGUCAAAAGUCAAAUCUAGGAGACGACAAGAUUAGAAUGAGAUGUAUUUCAUCUUAUUUAUUUAACUACCUGCUGCAUUAAUUUAUUAUAUUUCACUGAAACUGAACUAUACUAUCCGACUUAACCUUUAGAGAUAACAACAACUACAAAGGAGAUAUAAAUUUCUCUUCGCCAUGUAUAAAAUUUGUGUCCUUUCACGCAACAGCAUAUCAUAUUACAAACGAAAUUCCGCAUCUAUUCUGCCCUUUGAUGGCACGUUUUACGUCAUACUCUGUGACGUCACGUCCUUUUCCCUCCUAUAAGAGAAUCAAUGGAUUCCAAUAUUGAGGGAGCAUGAGUUGAUUCCAUUAUUGCAAGAGGUUUUUGGAUUCACUUAAAUUUUUGUUUUAGUUAUUUUGUUUUAGAUCUGGCAAAAAAAAACAAAAAAACUUUAAUUUUUUUUGGUAGGAGGCGUAUGGCUUUACACUUGUUAUGACUUUAUUAGAAACUUGGUUUUUUUUUUCCUUUCUUUCUUUUGGACAAUCUAACGUAAUAGCUUUUCGAUGUUUUCAGUAAUUGAUUUCUUUGCUAAUUAUGAAUAUAAAAAUAAUUAUAGUUUUUUUUCCUUUUUGAAACUUAAAAUAUUAAUAACUCUGUAUGCUUCAGAUAUUUAUUUACUUUUCAUAUUCUUGUAUGUAAAUAUUUGUAACAACUUAAUGAACUCUAAUUUUCUCCCCUUAAUUUCUAUUAGCACGUAUGAGCAUCAAUGGGCUAAAGACAAAAAGAAAUGCACUGUUUAGCUUUUAAUUAAUUGAGAGGGAUUCCUGAUCCUUGAUUGCUGUCUUCACUUUAAAUAGCCAUUUAAGGGAAAACUAUUUCUUUUUUAUAAUUUUCCGAAAUAGCAAUCUUUAAUAAUUAUUUCAGAUUAUUAAAAUUCGAAUUAAUAAAUAAAACAUGAAAAUUUCUGAUAGGCAGUUUGUAAUAUCCAAUUUGUUUUAUAUGUUGUUAAUUAUGUUUUAAAUUAAUAUUUAUUUCUGAAAUUCUAUAAUACCAUGAAAGAAUUUUAAAAAAUCUAGAAAAUGAGAUAUGUUGUAAAAAUAAUUAUUAAUAAAGUAUUAAUUUUUAUAGUUGAGAUCAUAAAAAGUACACAAAAUAUAAAUAAUUUAUUAUUUUGAUUAUUUAUUUAGUUGUAAGUUAUGAUAAGAAUUUAUCUGAGUGUUUGAGAAAAAAAAUAUGAAGUUAUUAUACAUAAAUAGUUAUUUUAUAUGUGUUCUAAAACAUCUUUUAUAUUAAUUGUACAUUACAUAAAUAUUUUUAAAGACAGAGAUUUUAAACUAAUAAAUUAAAAUAUUCCCAUACAUGAAAAACGACCAAUUAUUCAUAUUUAAACCUAUUGUUAAAUAAAAAUAAUUUUUAUUGUAAAUUAUUUUAAAUGCUAAAUAUUUGAAAUGUAUGUAGAUAUGUAAAAUCUAUUCAUUUUAGCUCAUCUGUUAAAAAUGUGAAUAUGUAGAAUUAUUAAAAGUGAUGGGUGCUAGCUAGUCUUGUGUAUUGUUUUAGCAUAAAUAAAAAUAAUUUAAAAUGGAAAUGUAUCCUAAAUAGAAAAUCUAUGUUAAAAUGUUUCAAUUGAUAUUAUAAUUCUCAAAGUAUAAUCUAAUCAAAUGAUACGUCCUAUUGCAAAAUGGUAGUAUGAAUUUUGAUGGCGUUAAUUCAUUAAGAGUAUAACAAAUGCCCAUAGAAAGUUUAUCUGUAUGUCAUAAAUGAAUCAAGGGAUCCAUUUAACUAAUGGUUCUGAAAUAUAAAUCAUGGAAUAUAUAUUUAAAUUGUGAAAAAUGAAUGGUGUUUAGAAAAUGUUUUUAGCUGUUGAUUCGAAUGCAGUUUACUAUCGAUGUUAACAUUUGUUGUUUCUUCAUUAGUAAUUAUAAUAUUCUAUACUGAGACAAUUUCCUUUAAAUGUAGUGUGUAUGUGUGUUAAGAGCAAAGUGAACUAAUUGAAUUUAAUAAUGUUAGUGAUCGCACUGGUGACUAGAUUAGAAGAUAUUUUGAUGACAUGCUGUGACUACGAAUAAUUAUUUUUUAAAUAUUUAUGAAAGAAAGAGUACAGAAGUAUACCUGUGUAUACUUCAUAACAAUCAGUACAUCUAGUUUCGCGAAUUGUUGCAAAACACGAAUAUGUUCUUAAGUGUGGCUGAAGCAAAUUCGCGAUGAUAAUUAUUUUGUUGGAAUUUAUAUCAAAGAUUUCUACUUUUCAUAUCAUUUGUUCCAAAAAACAAAUAUUGCAUGUAAGGCAAACUUUUAUAAAUUUAUAUUUAUAUGCAUCUAUUUGUGAAAUAUAAUAGCAAUAAAAUAGUUUACACGAACAUUGAAACUUUAUCAGGCUAAUUUUUUUCUAGUUUAAAUAAUUUACAAGUUUCUCAUAAACAUUUAUAAAGAAGAUGGCAUAAACUCAGCAAAAAGGACACUGUUUUGCAUAGAAAUUUGAAUAGCAAUCCAUUCAUAGUUCUAAAAAAUCCACUCGAAAAGAUGAAGCACUUGCUGAUGAUAAUGGUUCUGAAAUGGAAACUCUGCUUUAUUAACGAAAAAUGCCAAUAAUAUCAUUAUGAUGUUGUGAAGCAUUCAUAUUAUAGAACAAUAUCAUAGAAGUAUUGUACAAUAUAUUAUGCAAUAAAGAAGAGUUUCAUUGCACAUACACCCAUCUUGCUGACUGACUGAAAGAGAUCAAAGAUUAUUAUCCUGAAAGCUGUGAUUAAACUGUGUAGGUAAUGAAGCAUUGUACUUAAUGGAAUUGGCUUAGAUAUCUGGAGCUGCGGUUUGUCUCCACGCUUUCCAUACUUAAAACCUUUGGAUUUUUUCUUCCUGAGGGCUUAAAGCAGUCAGUGCAGAAAAUCUUUGUGAACAAUAUGAGUGACUUGCAUUCCUUGUUUCUGUGGAAAAUAUCAUUCAUUUUGCUAUGUUUUAUAACGUUUUAUUACUGUUGAAAGAAUUAGUGGAUGUUGUAUAAUUUUUUUAACAUUAUUUAAAAUGUUUAUCAAAACAUAAUGGAAGAAUUUUUUUCAAAAAUGAUAGGCUAAAAGUGCUUCUCUCACUUUGUUUAGUUAAAAAAACUUUUUUUUUUAAAUAUCUAAACAUUUAGAAGUAAAGCACUAUUGAUUGUUAUAUUAAUUUCGAUGAAAAAUCAGGUAUUGUGGUGCUACAAGCAAAAUCUUCCGAUCAAAAUGACUCUCUAAAUUUGAAGCAAUGUCCUUUGGAGUUUAUAUUUAUGACAUAUUUUGCUCUUAACCCACACUAAAAAUCUUUCCUCCAAUAAAUAAUACAUUGUUGUAUUUUUGGGCCCUGCAUAGCUUUAAGUACAAAUCGUUGUAAAUUAAAUUGUACGUAUUUAUUUUCUGCAAUGGAGAGAAGAGAUUAUCUCAAGAAAUUAUAUUUGACUUAUAGUUACAUGUAUUGUUGUAUAAAGUAUGAAAUAUGUAUAAUAAGUUGGCAAUAAAUGUAUAAAAUUUAUGCA